AUGGGUCCCUGGGAGAACAAGCAGUUGGCCAUGCUAUUCUUGGACAUGGUUGGGAGUGGUAACCUAGUCAAGUUCGGCCAUGUGGGCACCUACUUGGACACUGGCUUUGCAUCCGAGCUUGUCAGCCAAAUCGAUGAGGAGCUGAGGCAGCAGUUGCCUACCCUGAAGGGCAAGGAAUUGCACAAUGCCUGGGCCUACAUGUAUGACGGCUCACUGGGGGGCAUUGACACUCACGCGGACGACUGCCAAGUGCAGAUCAACUUCUUCAUUUCGCCCUCUUCCGCCAAUCUCUGGUCAGAAGAUGACUCUCUGCCCUCCGGCGGCCUUGUCCUAUAUGGUGUGGGACCUCCUGCAGACUGGAAGUACAGUGACUACAAUAGCAUCGUGCAGAAUCCACGAAUUGACGAGAUUCUGCAGACAACAAACUACUGGAAUGUGACCAUUCCUUACUUGGAGAACCGGGCAGUUCUUUUCGACUCGACCUAUUUCCACAAAACAGAUUGCAUGCGAUUCAAGAAGGGCUACAAGAAUCGUCGCAUCAAUGUGACCUUCCUCUACGGCCGCCGCUCAGCCCUUGUCCCACGGCCGGGCCUUGAGGAGGUGGCUGCAGAGGGUGGCGUGCCUGAGGAACAUGGCAAACUUCAGGCACGUCGAGAGCACUAUUUCCGAGCUGGGCAUGUGACCCUGGACGAUGAGGACUGGCGAAGGCUGAGUGCGGCAGUUGAGCGCCGAAUCAGGCGCAAAGGCCAGGAGCAGGAGAAAAAGCGCUCUCAG